AUGAACAUCUUUGGUGACAGCGAGGAAGAGGAUAAUAACCCCUUUUCUGGUACUGAUCACCUCUAUGCCUCGGGAAUUGCUGCUGUUCCUGAGGGUCAAGACGACUUUUUUCACUCAGAUGCGUUGCCAGAUGUCCAGGAGAAGGAGGAAACACGGGAUGAGUUGAUGCAUCAGUUGUUUGGAAGUGAAGCUACCAUCAAAAACUCCGAACCAAAUGCGUCCAUAAUUGCCACUCAAGGGACAUCUCAAGAUGCUGAUUCCGAGGAUUUCGGCUCUAGUAUUAGGCCCCUUCGGUCUCCUGUUUUUACGAAGCAAGAGCAACCCAUUAAAAUUCUUGACGCGGGCCACUACAGAGAUCCUUAUGGAAAGCAUGCCAUUGGAUACACCAUAAGCUAUGAAGAGCAAACCGUUACGAGGAGGUACUCGGAAUUUGACACCCUGAGACAUUCCCUCUGUCGAUUGCUUCCCACCGUAGUGGUUCCACCUAUUCCCUCGAAGCACCCCUUAAUUAGAUAUUUCCUCAACCCAUUAAACGCAGAGAAAGACAUUAAGAUUAUAGACAAGCGGAAGAGAUUGUUAGCUUCAUUUUUGAAUAAUUGCAUCGAAAUUUCAGAAAUUAGGGAGCAUGUUGUAUUUAAAAAAUUCCUAGAUCCUGAGCACAUAUGGCGCAAUGUACUCAAUUCUCCUCCAAUUUCAAUCAUACCCAUGAACAAUUUACUUGCUCCACCUCUUCAACCAACGAAGCCAAGCCCGCUUCAUCUCCUUCUACCGAAUCCUACUUCUGCGACCGGUUACAAGGACAUCACCACAGAUUCACCAGAACUUAUAGAAUUGGAAUCAGAAUUCAUGAACUACGAAAAGACUCUCAAGAGUUUUGAAAGACUUCUCGACCCAUUUGAAAAGCAUGCAAAACAAAAUAAGCUCCAUUUUCGGGCUUUAGCAUCUUCCCUAGCAGAACUUGGGGCCUAUUAUAAUGCCUUCAGUUUGGAAGGUAACAUUAUUGCAUUAGAAAAGAAUAUGAAACAAAUCGAAGAGCUAUCCAGAGGAAUUGAGAAGAUUGGACAGGCAGUUGAUGUCAAUUACGUAAGCUCCGAAAUACUUACGGAAAGCAUUGCCACCAUGUUGGAAGAACCCAUCGGGGAAAUGAUACAUUUCAUUACAGAAGCCUAUAACGUACUUCAUUUUCGCAAACUCAAACGGCUGCAAUUCUACAUCAUAGAUUCUACUAUUAAAGCGAGACAGAUACGAAUUAACGAUCUGAAAUCCGCUCAAGAGCAAAUGGAUCGACUGGAAGAGGCCUUAAAGCGUAACGCAGAGGAAUCACCGACAAUAGCACAGGCUAUGCAAAAGAUAGAAUCUACUGCAUCAAACGCUCAGACGCGACCAGGUCAGCUAUCGCAAAAUGAGCGUAGAGGUUGGACAGAACUUUUCAAAUCGAGAGGUUCUAAAGGAUCAAAAUCUCGUAAAGCAGCAUUGCAUAAGAACGACAUAGAGCCACAUCUUUUGAGUGAUGAUGAGCGUAACGAAGAAGUGGCUAAAAUAUCUAGAGAGCUUGAGAAACUGUCGGAAUGUUUUAGGCUAAUCACCAAGGACAUGAAUCAGGUAAACGACUCCAUCUCAAACAGUAUCCAACGCCUUUUGCACCACUUCAAAUCCCAGUGGGGUAAAAUUCUGAAGGAACUCACUAGAGUGUUAUUAGUAUGGCUUAAAGAUUGUUUACUGGCUUGGCAGAAUGCCAGAAAGGUCAUCGGAAGCAUUAGUAUUGACACUAAGUAG